AUGUGGUGGCUACUUUCAACAGUGUACUUUGUCCCUAUGUUUGGAAAUGCCUUUUGUUUACUUGGAAAACAACCUGUCAACCCUGAAGCCAAUAUGAAUACUAGUGAGACAAUUUCCUACUGGGUUUACCCACAUGAAGCAUAUGAAGUGCUAACUGCAGAUGGCUACGUCCUUCUCCUCUACCGAAUUCCUCAUGGGAAGAAUGAUUCUAAUAAUUCAGUCCAAAAGCCUGUUGUGUAUUUACAGCAUGGUGUGCUAUUAACUUCCAGUAUCUGGAUUUGUAAUCCUCCCAACAAUAGCCUGGGCUUUCUUCUGGCCGAUGCUGGUUAUGAUGUGUGGAUGGGAAGCAGCAGAGGAAAUAGGUGAUCCAGGAAACACCUGUACCUGGAAACAGACUCCAAAGAAUUCUGGGCUUUCAGUUUUGAUGAAAUGGUGAAAUAUGAUCUUCCAGCCACCAUUGAUUUCAUUGUGAAGAAAACAGGACAAAAGCAAAUUUACUAUGUGGGCCAUUCCCAGGACACCCUGAUUGCUUUUGCAGCAUUUGCAACAAAUCCACAACUGGCUGAAAAGAUUAAAAUCAAUUUUGCACUGGCUCCAAUUGCCACUGCUAAAUACGUAACAAGUGUUUUGCGCUUCACUUCUUACAUCGACCCACAACUGUUCAAGAUCCUGUUUGGUGAAAAAGAAUUUUUACUCAAUGAAUAUAUCAAUAAAAUCAUCGGUCAGGAUGUGUGCAACCGUGAGAUAAUUGAUACAGCUUGCAACAAUUUAAUUACAUUGGUGGGUGGAUAUAAUCCCCAAAACUUAAAUCAGAGUCGUAUGGAUGUAUAUCUAACAGAGCUGCCAUCAGGAACAUCAAUUCAAAAUAUGUUACACUAUGGUCAGAUGGCUAAUAAAGGUACAUGUCAAGCUUAUGACUGGGGAAGUCCAUCUUUAAAUAUUCUACACCAUAAUCAGCUCACUCCUCCAUUAUACCAUGUGGAGGAUAUGAGGGUUCCAACUGCAAUGUGGAGUGGUGGACGGGACAUUCUGGUGGAUCCCAUAGAUAUUAAGAAUUUGGAACCAAGAGUCUCCAAUCUCAUUUACCAUAAGAAGAUUCCUUCCUACAAUCAUCUUGAUUUUAUGCUAGGGUUAGAUGUUUAUGAUCAGAUUGACACUGAAAUCAUCACGAUGAUGAAUGAAGCUCAAUGA